AUGUCUACAGACGACGCUCCGGUCCCCGACACCGAGGUGACCUUCAAGGUCAAGACCUCCAGCGAAGGCCAACACACGGUCACUAUGGCAGAGAGCGCCACCGUCUUCGAUCUCAAGACCAAGCUCUCGGGAGAGAGUUUCGAGAACGUGUCCGUAGAUAGGAUGCGCCUGAUUUACUCUGGUCGAGUUAUGAAGGACCCGGAACCGUUGAGCACGUACAAGAUCAAGGCGGGCAAUACUGUACAUAUGGUCAAGAGUGCUCCCAGCAAUGCCGCGCAAAAUCCUGCCCCCUCUUCUCCUUCAGCAACUGGCUCUGCAGCUCGCGCUGCGCCAGGCGUCCCAACUAACAUGGCGGCUGGCACUGCGAACAACCCUCUGGCUGGUUUGACAGGUGCUCGGUACGCUGGCCAUAUGGGUCUCCCAGGAGCGGAAAUGUUCGGUGCGGAUGGUGGUAUGGGCGCUCCCCCCAGUGAAGAUGCUAUUGCUUCCAUGCUCGAGGAUCCUAACUUGCAACAAACCCUGAACGAAGCUCUCAACAACCCCGCCAUGAUCGAUAUGAUGAUCCAGUCAGCCCCAGGUCUGCGAGACAACCCGCAUGCCCGAGAAAUGUUGCAGUCGCCCGAGUUUAGACGUAUGAUGACCAACCCAGAGGCAAUUAGGCAAGCUGCGCAACUGAGACGAUUGAUGGGAGGUGGUGGAGGAGCAGCUGCUUUCCCAGCACCAGGGGUCACAGAUACCACACCAGCUGGAGCCGCCGGCAGCAACCCAAACGCAACCACACCAUUCAAUCCCUUCGCAGCGGGUCCAGGGGGAGCAAACCCAUUUGCAGCACUCUUCGGCGGCCAAGGUAUGCCAGGUACAACACCCACGCAAAGCCCACCUCCACCAGCAUCUGCUGGCCAAGGCACACCAGGACAAGGUACACCAGGAGCAGGCAAUAAUGCACCCGCAAAUGCAGCGAACCCCUUCGGAUCUCUGUUUGGUACCCCAGGAGCAGGAGGUGCAUUCCCAUUCCCGAUGCCUCAAGGUAUUACGCCGGAGAUGAUGGCACAAGCACAACAAAUGGCAGCGAGCGGUCAAUUCAACGAUCUCUUCGGCGGCCAAAAUCCAUUCGCUGCAUUCGGAGGAGGUGCCGGAGGUGCCGGGGGUGCCGCGAGUCCUCCUCCACCCGCCGACAACAGACCGCCUGAGGAGAGAUAUGCCGACCAACUAAGACAGCUGAACGAUAUGGGCUUCUACGACUUUGACCAGAAUGUAGCGGCGUUAAGACGAUCUGGUGGUAGUGUCCAGGGUGCUAUUGAUCAGUUGCUGAGAUAG